UCAAUCUCCCAUCCUCCCUCUCUAAUUCCAUUGAGGUGAGACGCUUGAAUCCUUGAGCCUGAUCUUUGCACUAAAGCUGUUUGGCUUGGUAUUAGUACUAACCUCUACACAUGCACCUGUGACUAAAUCUUUGCAGCAGAAAAACGGGAAGAAUGUAGACCCACUUUGAUCGUGGUGGAUAUAAGAUGGACUAUAACUUUUUUUCCUACGUCUUUUGAACCUGCAUUCUGGAUUUCUACUCCAACUGGAAACAGAAAGGGAGACUUCCAAAGGAGAUUACCAGCUCUGGAUUACUAGGCAAAAGGGUGUGCCUGUAAUUAUUGCUUCUUAGUAUUCUAUUUUCUUCUGAAGAUUCUUCUGGAAUGUUUUCUUUCUCUGGCAUUCCAUCUAUGCUGAUGUAAUAUUUCUAAAAUUCUGCUGUCAAUCACCACACACUCACCAUCUUAUUGGAGGGGAUGGCACUUUGCUGAGAGUUGACCCGGGUUGCCUGGCUGACCAUGGUGCAAUUAUUUGGGCCAAAUCCUCUGCAGCUCCACAUCUGAAGAACGCACACGCUCAAACGCACUCCCUCCCUCCUCUGGAGACCUGACCGCACAGUCAUGGAGACCGGCUCAAGGCGGACAAAACAUGGCUCACGUUUACACGCACACGCACACUCCCACGCAGACGCACACUCGCGGACUUCGUGCAGCCACUGGCUGUGGGUGUGGCUGUGGCUCGCCACGGCAGUGCUGUUGCCGGCGGAGGCGUGGGGGACGACCUUCAAGGUGGCGCUGGUGGGGCCCUGGACGUGCGACCCCAUGUUCGCCAAGGCGCUGCCCGACCUGGCCGCCCGGCUGGCCAUGGCACGCAUCAACAAGGACCCCAGGAUCAGCGGCGGCUACUGGUACGACUACUCGCUGGUGAGCGAGGAAUGCCAGACGUCGCGCGCCCUCGCCCGAUUCGCCAAGCUCAAGGGCUACGCGCACGCCUUCUACGGCCCGUUCAACCCGUCCGUGUGCUCGGCUGCCGCGCUGAUGACGAAAAACUGGCACACCGGACUGCUGUCCCCCGGCUGCCUGGACUCCAGCACACACACCCCUGCCGACUACACCGACAAGUCGUCCAACGCGGCGAUGAGGCCCCGCGGGGCGUACGCCACCUUCAUGCGGCCGCUGCCACUCUCCGCGCACGUGCUCUUCCAGGUGUUGCGCUUCUUCCGCUGGGCGCACGUGGGAGUGGUCAGCGGCCAGAGCGACCUAUGGGAGACCACGGGGCAGGAGCUGGCCACCUCCCUGCGCGGGCUGGGGCUGCCCGUCAGCGUGGCGGUCACCAUGGAAGAGGACGACGACGGGCCACGGCGAGCGCUGAACGCCAUCCGAGAGAAGGACGGGGUCAAAGUGGUCAUCAUGUGCAUGCACUCAGCUCUGAUUGGUGGAGAGGAACAGAAGCGGCUGCUAACGACGGCGAUGGACAUGCGCAUGGUGGACCGUGGCUAUGUGUUCAUCCCCUACGACACACUGCUCUACUCACUGCCCUAUCAGGACGUGGAGUACCCGGCCUUGACCAAUGACAGCAAGCUGAGGCGGGCCUACGACAGCGUGCUCACCAUCACACAAGAAUCGGAUGAUCGGAACUUCUAUGAGGCCUUCCGUGAUGCACAGAAGAGCUAUGAGAUCCGCAGUUCAGCAGCACCAGAGCAGGUAUCACCUCUCUUUGGCAGCAUCUACAACUCUCUCUAUUACAUCGCCAUGGCGGUGGAACAGACGCGCUCGGACACUGGUCGCUGGGUAACGGGCGAGACAUUAGCCAUUAGCAAAGGCAGGUUCGAGUUUGAGGGGUUCAACCAACAAGUUUACGGAGGGUCGGAAGGCGCCGGAAUGCAGGUCCGCUACGUUGUCCUGGACACGAACGGGUUUGGUGGCCAUCUGAAACGCACGCACAUGCUGGAGGCCACUCACACACACGCUCGCUUCGGCGGCCUCAAGUACAUGGGCCAGUCCAUCCACUUCGCUGGGAGCUCCCCCUCCAGCGAGUCCUACUGUUGGUUCAGUCCGCGCAUGGCCUGCAAUGGAGGUUUAAGUGUAGGGACACUCAUUUUCCUGUUUCUUUUCCUGUGUGUGUUGGCUGGAAUUGCCUACAAGAACAGGGAUAAAUUUGGCCAUUUUGGUCCCCUCUUUGGUGGUGGUGGUGGUGAGGAUGGAAUCACCAAACUUGUGUUGACUCUUGAGGAUGUAACUUUUAUCAACACCUCCGUGAGCAGAAAGCAAAUUAAUGAAGAGAGCAUGGUGGGGAGUACACUGGAUGUGAAAACCCCCGUUCGAUCCGUUAGUUAUAUCAAGGCUUCCCCCUGCUCAUCCAACGUUGCCAUGCAUGAGGGUGAAUGGGUGUGGCUAAGGAAACACCCCAAGGGAGACAAGGUGACAUCCAUCACCCAGAAAACGACUGCCAUCCUACACCAGUUAAGAGACCUGAGGCAUGAGAAUCUGAACCUGUACGUGGCGCUCUUCCUGGAUGUGGGCAUCUUUGCCUCAGUGAUGGAGCACUGUAUCCGCGGAAGCCUGGAUGACAUGCUGGCCAAUGAGGAGAUGAGACUGGACUGGAUGUUCAAGAGCAACCUAAUGCUAGACCUCAUCCGGGGGAUGAGGUACCUACAUGGCCGUGGGAUCACUCACGGGCAGCUAAAGUCUCGUAACUGUGUGGUGGACGGACGAUUUGUCCUGAAAGUGACAGAUUACGGUUAUCCCAGCAUCUUAGAGGCCCAGAACAUUGCUCUAAAGGAAACCAACCAUGCAGACCUGCUAUGGACAGCUCCAGAGCUCUUGCGGAAGCCCAAACCAAGUGGGACAUUUCCCGGCGACACCUACAGCUUCUCCAUCAUCGUUCAGGAAGUCAUCACACGCUCCCCGCCAUUCAGCACGUUGGACAUGCCUGCCAAAGAGGUGGUUGAUAAGGUACGCUCCCCUCCUCCUCUAUGUCGUCCGGAGGUGUCUCUAGACGAUGCUCCCCUAGACUGUAUCCAGAUCAUGAAACAGUGUUGGAGUGAGGACCCUGAGCAACGACCCACAUUUGAGGAGAUCUUAAAACAGUUUAAGCAGAUUAAUAAAGGGAAGAAAACUAACAUCAUAGACUCCAUGUUGCGGAUGCUGGAGCAGUACUCUUCCAACCUGGAAGACCUGAUCCGAGAGAGGACAGAGGAGCUGGAGGUGGAGAGGCAGAAAACAGACUUACUAAUGGGUCAGAUGCUACCAAGGACUGUGGCUCAGGCCCUGAAGGCGGGGAAAAAAGUGGAGCCGGAGCACUUUUCUGAGACCACGCUCUACUUCAGCGACAUCGUGGGUUUCACCACCAUCUCCUUCCUCAGCGAGCCCAUCGAGGUGGUGGACCUGCUCAAUGACCUGUACACACUGUUCGACACCAUCAUUGGCGAGCAUGACGUCUACAAGGUGGAGACAAUUGGUGAUGCGUACAUGUGUUCGUCUGGUGUUCCGAAUCGGAACGGUAACCGCCAUGCGCAAGAGAUGUCCAACAUGGCUUUGGACAUCCUUCAUUCCAUCGGCACAUUCCAUGUUAAGCACAUGCCUGAUGUCAAGCUCAAGAUCCGCAUAGGACUGCACUCAGGGCCUGUGGUAGCAGGUGUGGUGGGCUUGACAAUGCCACGCUACUGUCUCUUUGGAGACACUGUCCAAAUCGCCUCCCGAAUGGAGUCCGGUGGCCUGCCCCAGAGGAUCCAUAUAAAUCAGGCCACCGUGGAUAUUCUGACAAGCUUGAAGCUCGGCUAUCAUCUUCCUGUCAGAACGAAUAAAGAACUAAAGAAAGGCGAUGAGAAAUCGUACUGGCUGGCCGGGAGAGAUGGCUACAACAAAGUACUACCUGUACCACCAGACCUUGUUGGAGGGGCGAGUAACCACGGCAUCAACAUUAAUGAUCUCCCCGUCGAACGCAGACAGAAGUUCAUCGAAAGACAGAAAGUGAAGAAAUGAGAGAACAGGACCGAUUUUUCUGCACCAACAGCCUAUCUCAGGAAUGGGGGGAUAGAUGCAGAAGACUGGAACGGAGAGAUCAUUUUUUGCCUCUGUGCACUCGCAUGAUCAAGGAGCACCAUGCCCUCUGUAAAAAUGCCAAGUACACUCACAAAAUGUUUCAUCUGUCCCUCGUAAACACAAACACGCGCAAUCUCGGUCUAAACUUUCUCCUGGUCCCUCUGAUACGCAUAAACAAACAAUUACAAAAACCAAAGCCACUGCUACAGGCCCAAUGAUCUUGAGUGUGUGUGUGAAGUGUGGGUGUAUGUGUGUAUACGUGACCAAAUGCAUGUGUAAGCUGAAAGAACAAAAUAUCUACCAUGUUUCCUUCUUUCUGCCAAUCUCAGGAUGCCACUCACCUGAACUGCAAUCAGGUUUCAAUGGGAACAAGGGGUGGUGCAUUCUGGGAAAUUUAGUUAUUUGGUUACCGUGAUGCAUGCAUGUGUGUACUGUCUUUACAAUAUGUACUGUAUAUGUACUGAUACUUUACUGAAAUUCACAUUUAUCAGAUUAAAUUAUGUAAUUUAAGGAUUAAGAGAUCCAUUGUAUUGUGAUUCACAUCAUAAGUGAUUCACACAUGUAUGUCAUAUAUGUGAAAUAUAUUUCAGAUAUAUAUUUUACUACCGUGUUUCCUCGGUAGUACUGAUCUGUUCUUGUAAAUUAUGUUUUCUUGUAAAUUGAUAGAUGAACAGAUGUAUGCUUGUGCACACACAUGAUCAUUUUGCAGACCAAAAGGAGAUUUUUUCAUGGUAGUCUUAUGAUUUCUGACAGCUGAGUGGUUAUGUUCUGUGCUCUGCAGUUGGGGGUCUGUCAGGGGUUGGAUGUUUAUUUUAUGACAAAAUAAACGUUGGUAGACUUUC